AUGGAGACCGUUGCUACUUCCGUUAUUCACAAACGACGCCAUUUUGGUUGUUGCUGCUGCACUUUGUUUCCACGUCUGUGUUUACAUUUUGCUCUUUAUCCCGCACGUAUCGCACGUUCUUCACGAUGUAUGCCACUGUUGCUUUGGUUUAUUAUCAAGCCCAGGACGAUCUCUACAGGUUUAGGAACUACCAGGCCCCCGUCUCCCAAAAGACUCUUCCUGUCCCUGAUCCUCGCACCAGUGACUUCACGAUCACCGUCAACCCCCUCUCAUCCCAGCCCGACCCCCAGACCUCCCUCCCCGUCCCUGCCCCGAGAGCCCGCCCUCAAGUUGUGGAGAUAGAUCUUGGUGAAGAAUCCAAUCAGCCCCAGUCGUGCUCGGCCGUCCUUGUGUCCUGUGUGAAAUACAUGUUCCAGAGUUUCUUCACGGAGAGAUAGACUUUGGAGUUGUUUGCUGUGCCAGUGUUGUGUGAACUACUUGUUUUAGGACCUUUCGGACGAACAAUUUUGGACUAUUUGGGUUAUUUUGAGAACAUAAAUAAUACAUACUGUUUUAUACAUGAAUUUAAAAUUAUAUUAUAAUAUCCUUAAAAUGUAAAUGAUAAACGUUGGUGCUUGAAGAACGCGUCUUGUGUAUUCGCAUUUUAUUUGUAUUCACUAAAGGACACGCAAAUUGAUAAUCCCUUUAUGAAGAGUGGG